CACACUAAGAUUGUUAAAACUGGCCUUAGGUUAUUGAGGGAUCUGAUUAGGAUUUACUCUCGUAGCAAGGCCGUUUUAUCAUGUGGAAGUUUCAUUCGGGUCUCUAUUUUAAAAAACACACUGUCUUUGGCAGGAGAAAGACCAGACUCAGAGGAACCAGAGCCAGGGACGUCCAAACCAGCAAGAAGACACCAGUGCUCCUACUGUGGAAAGGGUUGUAACUGGUUAGGGGCCCUGAAACAGCAUGAGAGAAUACACACUGGGGAGAAGCCUUACCACUGCUCGCAGUGUGGAAAGUGUUUCAGCCGGUCAGGGGGUCUGAAAAAACACGAAAGAAUACACACAGGGGAGAAGCCUUAUCAUUGCUCGCAGUGUGGCAAGUGUUUUAACCAGUCAGGGGACCUGAAACAACAUGAGAGAAUACACACAGGGCAGAAGCCUUACCACUGCUCCCAAUGUGGAAAGUUUUUCACCUGGUCAGGGAAUCUGAAACAACACAAGAGAAUACACACAGGGGAGAAGCCUUACCACUGCUCUCAGUGUGGCAAGUGUUUCAACCUGUCAGGGGAUCUGAAACAACACAAGAGAAUACACACAGGGGAGAAGCCUUAUCGCUGCUCCCAGUGUGGAAAGUGUUUCAACCAGUCAGGACACCUAAAAACUCAUGAGCUAAUACACACAGGGGAGAAGCCUUACCACUGCUCCCAGUGUGGAAAGUGUUUCAAACGGUCAGUUGAUCUGAAAAAACACGAAAGAAUACACACAGGAGAGAAGCCUUACCACUGCUCCCACUGUGGAAAGGGUUGUUACCGGUUAUGGGACCUGAAACAACAUGAGAGAAUACACACAGGGGAGAAGCCUUACCACUGCUCCCAGUGUGGAAGGUGUUUCAGUCUGUCAGGACACCUGAAAGCUCAUGAGCUAAUACACACAGGAGAGAAGCCUUACCACUGCUCCCAGUGUGGCAAGUGUUUCAACCGGUCAGGGGAGCUGAAACGACACGAGAGAAUACACACAGGGGAGAAGCCUUACCACUGCUCCCAGUGUGGAAAGUGUUUUAAUAAGUUAGGGGGCCUGAAACAACAUGAGAGAAUACACACGGGGGAGAAGCCUUACCACUGCUCUCAGUGUGGAAAGUUUUUCGGCUGGUCAGGGAAUCUUAAAAGACAUGAGAGAAUACACACAGGGGGGAUGCAUUACCACUCCUCCCAGGGUGCAAAGCUUUUGCCCAUUUAGGAAGCCUGAAAGAACACGAGACACAGAGGAGAAGGCUUACAAAAGCUCAUGCUUUUGGAAAACAAAUUUCUCAUAACAAUCACUUAAACAUCAUUAGAGAAUCCACACAGGAGAGAAAUUACUUCUCUUAGCAUGUAUAUUGAUAUUUCACAUCUCAUUGACCUAUAAUUCAUCAGAGAACAUACACAGUGCUCCCAUUGUCUUAUAUUGUUGACUGAUAAUGUGUUGACCUGCUUUUACCAGAUGAAAUUGCUUCUUCCAAUUAUUGAUAAACAUGUACCUGUUAAGAAACGGACUGUUAGAUAUGUUAAGGCUCCAUGGAUUGAU